CAUUUUUUUCGUGGAUAAGUGCAUGCUGUUGAUAUAUGACAUCCAUAGUAUUUUUCUUAUUGCAAAAAAUCCUGAAAUAUGUGUAAACAAGUUCGUACAUAACAUUGACGAUACGGUAAGCAGACGGAAGAAAAUGUUUCAUAGUUUGAAAUUCAUAAACCCGCGGUGAUGCUUGAUACGUAUCCCCCGCGGAUGUAUUAUUGACGGUACUUACAAGUCAAUUUAUUUAAUGUUGAGGAUUGUUGUUCACCUGCCAAGGCGCAAAUUCGCAAAACAGAAAUUUUGUACUUUGUCGUAAAGCGUAGAGAAUCGUCAUGUUUUGCGAAAGAAUCACCUCAAAUAGCAAAGUAAACAAAAACAUGUUUGUAGAAACGUAAAUAAUCCUCAGGCAAUAUGUAAUUUUUUCCAAAAUCCAGACUAGAAACCGACUUUCUCUAUGGACCCAGACUCAUUUAAAGGUGGUACAGGAAGUGUCGGCCUCAUCUUCCGGCCCAGGGGUCUUUCUUUACGUAAUCGAACUGGAGGAAGGAGAAGAUAGUAGACCUUUUUGUCCGCAUCCUAUCCCCUCAAACGAAAAAGAAAGCUUUCACUUUCCAUCUCUCCAAUGUGGUUGGCUGUCUUUCUGUGUGCUUUUAUAUUUGGCCUUCUUCUCCUCCUUGAUGCCAAAAAACCCACCAACUUUCCACCAGGUCCUAAAUGGUAUCCUUUUGUGGGAAGUGCACUCUGUGUCGCCAAGAUGAGGCAGAACAUGGGAGGAUAUUUGUACAAAGCGACUGCUGAACUAGCGAGGCAGUACGGACCGAUCGUGGGCCUCAAAGUCGGUAAGGACAGACAGGUAAUCUGUUGCGAUUACCCGACUAUCAAGGAGAUGCUCACCAUGGAGGAGUUCGACGGAAGGCCACAGGGGCCGUUUUAUGAAACGAGGACCUGGGGAACUCGAAGAGGGCUCUUGUUAACAGACGAAGAGUUUUGGGUUGAACAGAGAAGAUUUGUUCUAAGGCAUCUUCGUGAAUUUGGAUUCGGAAGAAGAACCAUGGCUGAACUCGUUGAAACCGAGGCGGAACAUUUAUUGUCAGUCUUUAAAGAAAAUGUGAAUAAAGGUAACGGUAAAGCCAUAGUGGAAAUGGCUGAUGCUUUUGGAGUGAAUGUUCUCAACACGCUUUGGAUGAUGAUGGCAUCAAUCCGUUACUCUCCUGAUGAUAAAGAAUUAAAAAAGCUUCAGAAUCUUUUGACAGAGCUUUUCGCUAACAUAGAUAUGGUGGGAACUCUCUUUUCUCAAUUUCCUGUUUUGAGACACAUUGCUCCGGAAAUAUCUGGCUAUAAACAGUUUAUUGACAUACACCAGCGGGUCUGGACCUUCUUGAAGACUGAACUUGACAACCACAAAAAGACCUUUUGCAAAGGAGAGCCUAGAGACCUUAUGGACGUUUAUCUGGAAAUGCUAAACUCAGAAGAUAGGAAACCAAGUUUCUCAGAAUCACAACUUUUGGCCAUAUGUAUGGAUAUGUUUAUGGCUGGUUCUGAGACGACAAGCAAAUCGUUGGGUUUCGGCUUCCUGUAUAUGGUUCUGACACCAGAAGUACAGAGAAAAGCACAAGAAGAAAUAGACAGAACUGUCGGGAGGGACAGAUUACCGACACUUCAAGACAGGCCAAACAUGCCCUACAUUGAGGCGAUUGUGUACGAAUCGGUCCGUGUUUUCAUGGGAAGGACUUUCAGCAUACCUCACAGAGCUCUCAAAGAUACUGUCCUUAAUGGAUACAACAUUCCAAAGGAUACAAUGAUUAUUGCUAACUUUAAUGGAACCCUCAUGGAUAAAACGCUCUGGGGAGAUCCUGAGAACUUCAGACCUGAUCGAUUCCUUGAUGAAUCAGGAAAGAUUCAUGUUCCUGACUACUAUCUGCCAUUUGGUUUUGGUAAACACCGUUGCAUGGGGCAAACACUGGCAAGAAGCAAUAUAUUUCUAUUCACAGCGACACUUUUGCAACAUUUUAAUUUUGAAAUCCCACCAGGCCAAGAACCACCGGACACAAAAGGCAUUGACGGGGUCACUCCUUCACCAGGGCCAUAUUACGCCCUGGUCACCCCCAGGACAUAAAAUAUUCAGUUAGUUUUAAUAAAUCAAAAUUUUGUUUUUGUAAAUUUUGUAUAAUUUACUAUAUUUUUUAAACCUGAUUUUUUAGUUUUUAAUACUAAGUUUGCUCUAAAUUUGUGAUAUAUAUUUUAUGAUUGAAACAUUUGAAGUAAAAUUGAAAAACAAUGUAAAUAAACUCUUACGUUUAGUGUAU